GGGGUUGAAAAUCGCGCGAAUACCACACACACGUGCGACAUGUUCGGGUCGACGACGCUUCGGAGAGCCGUGUUGCUCGUCGUCCUCGUCGCCACGUUCCACGCCGCGACGGUCUCCGCGACGCACCGACUGAACGUGCCCCGCAUCCUGUUGCCCGUGUUCAACAACUUCGCGGUGAAUUUCACGCUGGAGGUGACGGACGGCAGUUGCUACAAAUGGUCGACCUCACGGUUAGACAUCAUCCAGCUGAUCCCCAUAAAUGAGAACUUCGACAGGACAUGUUCGCCAGCGAUAUUGAUUCAAACCAUAACGAGAGAACUGACGAGAAAUACCGUGAUCGUUUUGGCAGAAGAUAUCAAUACCGGCCACUUUCUGCGAUGCGACGUUAUAGUGGACGCAAUUUUCUCACUGAAUCUCAUUACCACCACGAGAGAAUUGUAUAUCGAGGAUAUACCUGAAGCGUUCGAGGUACGGGCGUACGAUGAGCACGGAAACGAGUUUACGACUCUGGCGGGCAUUGAAUUCGUGUGGACUAUCGGCGACGCCGACAAACACGUGUCGUCCGACGGCAAAUUCGCGAGUAACGUGUUACGUUUCAUGACCUACGAGGAGUCGCAGUACGAAAGACCCGUUAGUAUAGCCACGUUGGACAGCGUCGGCAAAAGGGGUCACAUUAUUCUCAUACAAGGUGUCAGGACCGGCACGGCUAAGGUAUCCGUUAGACUGCCACAUUCGGAGUACAAGUAUGUCCCAUCUAUAGAGCUGGAGCUGGUCGUCAUCGCCAAUUUGAUCAUCAUUCCACCAGAGAUAACGAUAAUGGCACAGGACAGCUUUAGAUACAAGAUAAUGCACACUCGUCAGGGUCGCCUGGAGGAGAUCAGCCUGCCUUUGAGUCAGUAUUACUUGGAGGCCGAGAAUCCCGAUAUCCUGGAGAUCGAUAACGACCACGAUUUCGCCUACGGGCGUACAUUGGGACGUACGAAGGUGUUUCUACACGACAAGAAUGUCCGCGAGGAGUAUCCGGUUGUUCUACCAUCCGCCAUAGUUAACGUACACGAAGUCGCGUACAUCUCCCUUUCUGUUUUGCCGAACAGAAACUGGGGAUUGGUGUUGGGUCACGCUCACGAGAUCGUCGUUGAACUCUACGACAGCAAAGAUCAUAAAUUCCACAUUGGAGAAGGCGUGGAAGUGUCCAUGAAGAUGGACGAGCAAUAUCUGGAGCCCAAGUCGAUUACGCAAAAUGGCACUUAUGCCGUCGUGAUACCGAUCACUUGCGGGACGACGAUCGUGGAGGCAACGCUACGCGGUAUAAUCGAUGAACGUGGCAAAAGGAUUACCUUCGAGCCUCAGCUCUCCACUAGGGUCGAACUCACGACACACACCCCGGUGAAGGUUCAACCUCGCGUCUUGGCUGUUCCAUGGGACGUCGUGAACAAAUCCAGAUUCGACAUAAUGUUGAAGGCGAGCGGGGGAGAUGGGUCGUACGUUUGGUCCAGCAGACAACCGUCGAUACUGGCCGUCUCGCAGAACGGCGGUAUCAGAAUUCUGUCAGCAGGUACGGCGGAGGUAGUCGUCACAAUGGCGAGAAAUCAAUAUAACAGAGACACAGCGAAGAUACACGUAUUGUCGCCUGUAAAGCUGAAAAUUGUCGACUAUAACAUGGAGGCGGCCAUAGGAGAACCCAUUCAUUUGCACGUCGCGUUAUUUGGGAUACUGCUCAACGGAUCCGACGCCAAAGAAAUACCUUUCAGCGAUUGCAAGGAUCUCGAUUUCGAGGUGCAUAUCCCGGACGUGAACUUCGUGCGGAGUUACGAUAAGAACGUUCAACCGAUCGGCGUUGCGUGCGCCGUAAUAACCGUGACAAAUUAUCGCUACGUCGGGACGUCCGACGUAACCGUUGCCUACAACGCGAACAACAACGAUGUGAUCGAUCAUUAUUUGACAGAUAACGUCACCGUGUCGGCAUACGAACCACUCACGGCGAUACACCCCGGGAGCAAGGAAACGUUACUUGCUGUGGGAUCCUCGAGGUACGUGGUGUUCAGGGGCGGACCGCUGCCAUGGACGAACAAGUCCCAAGAUUACUCACGGGAGAUACAACUGUCGAACGAGGAGAUCGCCGAGGUGGCUGAAUACGAGGACACGUUGAGCGGACCCUUCGACAGAACCGUGUUCAAGGUGAUCUGCAAGGCGUUGGGCAAAACCGCGCUGACGUACACGGUGUCGAACGUGCCUCUGUUCUCGAACUGUCGGCACACUCACGCGUCGGAAACGAUCGAGAUUGUCUGCGGCAAGCCCAGGUACAUUUACCUGCAGCCGGAAUUCAAAGGGGCACACGACAAAAAUUGUCCGAUCGGUCAGAACACGGACAAGAUAAUCGCGCACAGCGAUAAGCGUCUGAAGAUCGCUGUAAUCGUCAAGGACGAGGACGGUAGGCGGUUCGACAAUAUCACGAGCUUGAACAUCGAGUGGAAUCUGAAGCCGUCGGGCAGCGGCACCGUAGAAAUCCAGUCCAGCACGAUGGAGGAGACUUGGACGGACAUGGACGUGAUUCUGCCGAAGAGUCACUAUCAAAAUAUCAUCUUCAAGAAGCAUCACGGCGUUCUCACGAUAUUCGCGACUGUGACCGGCUACCAGAAGCUUGUUCUAAAUAGACUGAAACUCACGCCGGAGUGGCCACCGUUUCCCGUCGAGAAUGAAAGAGGUGGAGUGGAGACGCCGCUGAUAGAAGCCUCCAUAGAGGCAACUCUGGUGAACGACACCGUCAUCAGUCCCAGUAAAUUGAUAAUUCUGAACGAUUCGAGCAUGAAGUCGUACUUGCAGGUCAGCCAAGGCUCCGGUUACUACGAGUUCAUUCUCAGUUCGAAAGAUAUAGCGGAUAUUCGAUACAUGGACACGACGAGGACGAUCAGCGUGACGCCGAAGAAGCCGGGUGAGCUUCAUAUAGCACUGAUGGAUCUCUGCCUACCCUCGAAGUUGGCGGAGGUGCACGUGGAGGUUCAACAACUCGCGGCGAUCGAGGUGGACACCGUAGAUAAGAUUGAAAAGGGGAAAUGCGUGACAGCCGCGUUGAGACUCUACGACACGAACGAUCAUGUUGUGAAACUGCCGUCUCUUGGCGCGCUAGAAUUCCACGCUGAGAUCGACAACGAGCAUAUCGAGAUCAAGCAGUUGCCCGCAACCGAACAAGACAUCGCGCCCUACGAGCGAAUCCUGUACAAAAUUCACGGCUUGUCUGAGGGCGAAAGUCAGCUGACGUUCGUGAAGACAGGUGACCGUGAGAUACGCAGCGAGCCGGUCACCGUGCAGGUGUUCGUCCCGCUGCGGGUGCAGCCGAGGAAUCUGACGAUACUGAUCGGCACCAUUUAUCAGAUGCAGACCGUCGGCGGUCCGCCUAACGCCGAGAUCGAAUUCAUGACGGAGAGCGGCGAUAUCCUGCGCGUCGAUCGCAACGGGAUUCUCGAGGGGAAGUCGGCGGGCUGGACCGGGAUUCACGUGCGCGCCGUUGGUCUCGACGCCAAAGGCAACAAGGUGGUCUACUCGGAGGAUCGCGCCGAUAUAUACGUGCUGCAUCUCGAGGGAGUGAAGAUCUCGACCCCGGUGAACAGGGUGAGAGCAGGCGCGACGUUUCCCCUCUGGGCAUUCGGUAUCCCCGAUUAUCUGACGCCCCUCAUCAUCGGCUCCAUGCAGUUGCAGCUGAGUUUCGCGUGGUCGUCGAGCGAUCCUGGUCUGUUGACUUUACACAACAUGUACGAGGGCACCGGCAUCAACAUCAGAUACCAGAAUCAGGUGUCGCUGAGAGCCAGGGCUGUGAGCCCAGGUGUGGCGACGAUCUACUUGAACGCCACCGUGCCCUGUAACAUGCUGUCCAGUUACAGCAAGAACGACAUCAUAUAUACCACGUUCGUGAAGAUCGAGAUCUUCGAGGAGCUGCGCCUGACCGAGCCGCCAUCGUCGGGAAACUCGAUAUCGACGCUACUGAUGUCACCGAAUUCCGUUCUACGGCUGCAAACCAAUCGCGACCGGCACGGCACGACGACCUACAGAAUCUUAUCGGGCACGCACGGCGACGAAUUCGAGGACCCGCGCGCCUUGACGCCCGCCGCGAAGGCCGUGACCGUGGAGAAGAACGGAAUCGUGCGAUCCGGUGAGAAUUACGGUCAGACGAUUAUCUCCGUUACGAAUACGGAAGCGUACAACUUGAGGCAAUCGUUGACGGUGGUCGUCGAGGUCAAGCCUAUUCAUUACAUGAUGCUCUCCCUGAAAUCCAAACUGCGCAUACGGAACGGCGAGGAGCUGAACAUGUUACCGAAGGGAAUGGAGCUGGAUUACAUCGUUGAAUAUUACGACAAUGUAGGAAACAAAUUCCACGCUGCCGAGACGAACGUUAAGGCCAUGCUGAAUCGCGCCGAUCUAGCGUCGUUCACCGCGGGCGCGGGUAACGUCAUUACCGCCAGGUUCCUGGAAAAUGGCGAGCUGGUCAUCAAGACCUUCAACGAGAAACAUCCCAAUGGAAUGUUCGACUACGUUCACAUGAUGAUCGGCGAUAUUAUAUUUCCCACGAAGACCACCCUGACGAUUGGCGAUAUAAUAUGCUUCUCCAUGCCGCUUCUCUCGUCCGACGGUGAUCCGGGAUACUGGCAGUCCUCCGCGCCCGAGAUAUUGUCGGUGGAUCCCCUCACGGGUAUAGGUCGCGCCCGAAACGUCGGCCACGCAGUUAUAAAACACAGUCUCGCGACACACGUGCAGAGUGAGAUAGAAGUCAACGUUUUACCAGUCGCACGGGUAUCCAUCGUUCCUUUGAGAGGAAGAAACAUCACCGGCACGGAAAUCUUCAGCGUUCCGCUCGUGCUGAAGAGUAAGGACGAGGAGAUCAAGGAGAAUAACGUGUUGGCUAGAGGCUUAGGCGGUUGUCGGACGUUAUCGUCAUUUGCAUUGAACACGUUUCCCUACGCGUGUAACAUCCAGUUCGUCUCGUCGAGUUCGUCGAUUGGCGUGAAGGACUUGUUCGUCGUGAAGCCGCGAUUCGAUAUCGUGACAGGCUUUUAUUAUUGCGACAUCAUACCAAUGAGUUCUCCGACUAUAGCCGCCAGUGUGUUGGAAAGCCGUAUUCAAAUUAGCGUUCAGAGCCGUGACAUCGAGUCAGCAGCUCUGGAACUCGCUUAUUUGCCACCUGUGUACGUCGACACCAAGGAGAUCACGUUUGUCACCACUCAAAGUGUUGGUGGUGUGCUGUCGACAUCGUUUGAGGUGUAUGGAUUGUCGUCGGUGUUACAGUAUCUCAAUAUCGCUGUACCGGAUGGUGUGGCCGUCACUUGGCAAUACGUCUCCAAAUCUACAAUACAGUACAGAUUGCGUUUAAUGCAUAAUCAGGACGAAAUUCAGGGACAAAAAAUGUUCAUUUCUAACGAUUUGACCAAGCAAAACAUAUCUCUUCACAUACGCGUGGCAAGAUACAGUCAAUUCAUCCCUAUGUCCGGAGUACAAUGGGUGAAUUACAUGUAUUUCCACAGAUACACGCUGGGAACAUUCGCUGUUAUUGUGAUCACCAUCUUUUAUGUCUGGAAACACAAAGUGGCAGCUGUUGAUUUAACAGUCAGGAAUAGAGGUAUUUUUGCUGACAAAUCUCCGCCGAUGAUAAGGAAAACGAUCUGUACUCCGUGUACAACUACUCCGACUACUCCCACGACUCCCAGCCCGCGAACUCCGCCGUUAAGGCCGUUCUCGGCGUUCGAAUCGUCUGUUUACGGUGACCCGCGUAGUUUCGGCACACCGUAUAUCAGGAGGAGAGAUAUAUGUUAGAAAAAGAUAUGUUAGGAGAGUUAAAAUCGAGUACAGAGCAGCUCGGAAUUGUUGACAAAGAUUCGUUAGAAAAUAACGUCCGUUCCCCUAUCCACAAUAAGAAACAUUAUUUAAAUUUAAGAUGCUCAGUUUCAUGAGAAAAAUUUAGUUUUGUCGACGUAAAGCGACUAAUACGGAUAACGACUGAUGCUUUCAUUAAAAAUGAUUCAUUAUAAAUUAGUAUAAUAAUAAUUACAGAAUUGUGCCUUAAAGGGGUCAAAAUUAUCAUCCGUUCUUUUUAUGUAUGGAAACAGGUCUAUUUCUUGGAAAAAAAAAACAAGCUCAGUUUUUGUGAAACGUUUGUAUUUUCGCUUGACGUGACACACAUAUAUGACAUUAUUGUACAUAUUUAUAUGACUUUGUGACAAUUGUGUGUGCGUGUGCGUGUAAAGAAUGAUUAUAACAGUCUGUUAACAUUGCCAUGAUCCAUGAUUCUUCGUGUAUCAUCUUCAUUUUAAUAACGAUAUAGUUCCUAGUCAUAAAACUAUAUAUUUUUGUUUACAUAAAUAAAACGGCAGCCAACUUAUUGUUCGAUAUACACGAUAUAUUAUCGUAUAUUAUCACAGAAAGAAAACCUUAUUUUUUUAUAUUUUGUGAAGCUGUGAUAUAUACACGUUUGUAGGACAUAUGUAUAGCGUAGCAAUUUUUCAAGUUGUAUUCUAAGUUAAGUAUAGGAGUGCUUAGAAGAAUAAGAAUAUCUAGAGUUACUCGCUUAUCAAAUAAAGAUCCGGUAUAAAGUCCGAA